AUGAGGGAAAUGUGUAUCAACAGGCAAAUUAAAGACAAUCGCAAUAUAAUGCAAUUAGCUGCCAUGGGGAGAAGGGAAAAGAAAUUAAAACAUGAAUAUAGACCGUAUUGGAACUACACAAACUGGUCACUGAGGAAAAAAUAUCCCCCGGAACACAACUGUGUUGGAACGCAGCUCAGGGUGUUCAUAAUGGACUUUAGGAUGGACACGGAGAAUGAGGCCAAGCCCAGAGAGGAGCAGCCAGUGCAGUGGCAGCAGGUAUUGUUUCCCUUCCUACUGUGUUUGUUUGGCAGAGCUCUCCAGGACCAAAUCCACUGCUCAGUUCCUGAGGAGCUGGCUAAGAACUCAGUGGUAGGAAACCUCACCACAGAUCUGAGGCUCAGUGUCAGGGACCUGCUAGCCCGGACGCUGCGGAUUAGCUUGGAGAAGGAAUAUUUUACUGUACACCCUGAGAGUGGAGACUUAGUCGUGAGUGACAGAAUAGACCGAGAGCAGAUUUGCAGGAAGAACCCUCUCUGUGUUCUGGAUUUUGAUGCUAUCACUGAAAACCCAGUCACUAUUUUCCAUGUGGCAGUAGUGGUGCAGGAUAUAAAUGACAACACUCCCCUGUUCAAACAUGCUAAGGUUGACUUAAAGAUUGUGGAAUCCACUAAGCCGGGCAAGACAUUUCCACUAGACCCAGCGGUGGAUUCAGACGCUCGUCUUAAUUCACUGCAAAGAUACCAGCUUGAUGAUAAUGAGUACUUUGAUCUGGCAGAAAAACAGACUUCAGAUGGACGUAAAUUUCCUGAGUUGGUUCUGAAGCAUCCUCUGGACAGAGAAGAGCAGAAUGUGCACCAGCUGGUCCUUACAGCUCUGGAUGGCAGGGACCCUCCUCAGAGUGGCAUCACCCUGAUCCAAAUCCAAGUCACUGAUGCCAAUGAUAACCCCUCAGUGUUCAGCCAGGACUUGUACAGGGUCAGCCUGCAGGAGGGCAUGCCCCCCGGGGUCCUGCUGCUGCAAGUGAAAGCCACCGACCUGGAUGAUGGCUUCAAUGUAGAGGUCACCUACUCCUUUCACAAUGUGGACAAACAGGUGGAAGAAGUUUUUAACUUGGAUAAAAGGACAGGGGAAAUCACGACCAAGGGCAAGUUUGAUUUCGAAACUGAUAACAGUUACACACUUGGUGUAGAAGCAAAAGAUCCAGGAGAUCUUGUUGCACAUUGCAGUAUAGAGGACGAAAUUCUUGAUGAGAAUGAUUGUGUGCCUGAAGUGCUUGUGACUUUGGUGUUUACACUUCUCCCAGAAGACUCGCUGCCAGGAACAGUGACUGCCUUGAUAAAAACCAGAGACAGAGACUCAGGAGAAAACUGCGAAGUAUACUGCCACAUUUUGGGGAAAGCCGAGUUUAUACUUAAGUCCUACUCAAAGAUUUACUUCAAACUACUGACAGAAAGGGCUCUAGACCGGGAGGAGACCCCUGAAUACAAUAUCACCAUUAUGGCCACAGACAGGGGCCAGCCGCCUCUCUCCUCCAGCAUCACCAUCACUCUUCACAUUGGCGACGUCAACGACAACCCACCAGUCUUUGCCCAGCCCUACCUGGUGGAGGAGAACAACCCGCCAGGCGCCUCCAUCGCGCAGGUCAGCGCCUCCGACUCCGACCUGGGCCCCAACGGCCGCGUGUCCUACUCCAUCGUGGGCAGCGACCUGGCGCCGCGCGCACUGGCGGCCUUCGUGUCGCUGAGCGCGCAGAGCGGGGUGCUGUUCGCGCAGCGCGCCUUCGACCACGAGCAGCUGCGCGGCUUCGCGCUGACCCUGCAGGCCCGCGACCAGGGCUCGCCCGCGCGCAGCGCCAACGUGAGCCUGCGCGUGCUGGUGGGCGACCGCAACGACAACGCGCCCCGCGUGCUCUACCCCGCGCUGGGCCCCGACGGCUCGGCGCUCUUCGACACGGUGCCGCGCGCCGCGCAGCCCGGAUACCUGGUCACCAAGGUGGUGGCGGUGGACGCCGACGCGGGACACAACGCCUGGCUGUCCUACCACGUGCUGCAGGCCAGCGAGCCCGGACUCUUCGGCCUGGGGCUGCGCACGGGCGAGGUGCGCCUGGCCAGGCCCCUGGGCGACAGGGACGCGGCCAGACAGCGCCUGCUGGUGGCCGUGCGCGACGGGGGGCGGCCGCCCCUCUCUGCCACCGCCACUCUGCUGCUGGUCUUCGCAGACAGCCUGCAAGAGGUGCCGCCCGACCACCACCUGGGCGAGCGCCCUCCUCGCGCUGACCCGCAGGCCGAGCUGCAGUUCUACCUGGUGCUGGCCUUGGCCUUCAUCUCCGUGCUCUUCCUGCUCGCCGUGAUCCUGGCGGUCGCCCUGCGCCUGCGCAGCUCCUCCAGCCAAGAGGCCUGGGGCUGCUUUCAGGCUGGUGUCUGCUCCAAGUCUGCACCUGCUGUUGCCCCCAACUACAGUGAAGGAACUUUGCCCUACUUCUACAAUCUGUGCCUUGCGUCACAAUCAGCUAAAGAGUUUAAUUUUCUCCGUGUUACCCCUGGAGUUGCGCCCUCCCAGGAUUUUCUCUGUGAAGAUACCUUUUGGAUACCAAAUACAAAUUAUGAAGAUGCAGUGAUUCCUUUUGCCCCUGAUAAUAAUUUAAAGGUGAGCUUUACUUAAAUUCACUUCUUUCACUUUGAGUUAACGAAUCGCCAUAUUUAGAAAUAUGCUAUUUUAUUGUCUUGUUUGUCGAAUGUAGGCAUUAUCUUUAAGAUUUCUGUAUGCACUGUGUGAUUUAUGUGUCCAAGAUUAUGGCUUUUACUAUGUAAUAUCCACUCUCUUCUUCUUCCUUACCUAUCUUCUCCCUUAAGAUUAAUAUGAGGUGUUCCGCAAUUUUUUUUUACCUCUUUGAACUUUUAUUACUUAAAAUUUUGCUUUAUUACCUUUUAAAGUCAUAAAUUAAUUAUAAUGAUAGUAAUGAGUAAUCCCCACACUCAUAUUUGGGAAACAGUGAAUUAAAGAAAGAAAAAAAAUUACCCAUACCAUGAUUCAUCAAUGGCUGAAUAUUGGUAGGUAUGAGUUAAGAUAGUGGCUGUCUUCUCAAGCUAAGCGUCUUGGUUAGGACCUCAAAUCUAUUUUAAGAUGUUAAACAAGACUUGAGGUCUUUGAAGUCUCAGUUUAAGUGUGUUUAAUAAAAGAAAAUUUUCUCUUUCGUGCAUAUUAACUGAUAUUUUGUGGAAAACUGUACAUUGAGAAAAAAUUUCAGAGUAUACUAAUUGUUCAAGUAAAACUUAUUGUUUGAAUUUUACAAUUACAUAAAGCAUCUCAUUUUCCUUUGAGGAUGCAUUUAAGUAAAACAUUGGUACUCUCUAUGGACUAUGUUAAAUGUUCACUUUUCAUCACCAGAAGCCUUUUCUUUCUUCACUACCAUUUAAAGAAAUUAAGAUUCAGUUUUUGUGCCAACUCAGAGUGUCCACUGCUUGCUUAAACAUGUAUUUCUUCAUUGGUGAUAUACAGUUCUCCACAGUUGUAUUGAUUAUCCCCAACAUUCUGUCUUAGCAAAGCAUCCACAUAAAAUGUAUAAUGCUAACCCAAUGCAAACUCUCAGUAUUUUAUAGUCUGUUAUACUUAUCCUUAGUAUGAGACUCUGGAAACUCAAAGACUGAGUAAGGAAAUUUACCCUUAAUUCUUUCUACAUGUGACAGAAAUUUGCAUAAAUCAGCACUCCUUUUUAAAAGGUGCACUGAAAACUGUUUCCUUGAUGUACUUAUGUAUAACUGGGCACAUUUUUUACAAGUUUAUCCUAAAAAUAUAUAAAAUCUUAAAAUCUAAACUGUAAUAAUUUGAAUUUCCUAAUGUAAUGGGUUCAUUAUAGGUAAAUAAAAGACAUAGUUGAUGCAACAUCAUUACUUAAAACUAAAAAAUAAUCUAAAAUUUGUUUAUUUCUGGGGUUUAUGUAAGUCUUUUGCUAUUUUAUAAUCAAAUAUUAAUUAAACUUAAUGUCAUGCGGGAA